AUGGCAGUAGGGGUUAAGCCAUGGUAUUCCAUCCGUACUGAAAUAUUAAUAGCAUAUUUCCUGCUAAUAGCUUUGGUAUUGACAUUGAUUCUUAUUCUGUUAUUUCCCCGGAAACAUAAUGCUGUUUUAGAUUCAAUAGAAUGUUAUGAAGAUUCAAAUGGGACAGAUUAUAGAGGUCUAGUUAAUAUUACUCUUAGGGGCAGACAUUGUGCUGCGUGGAACUCUGAUAAUCACCCAAUGACGCGGCAGAAUCAUCCGGAUGCCGGCAUUGGCGAUCACAAUUAUUGUCGAAAUCCUGAUGGCGAUGUGACAGUAUGGUGCUACAUCACGGAUGAAACAGCGCUGUGGGAAUAUUGUUUUAUUGGUGAACCUAGUGAUGACUGCGGGAUAAUGACAGACACAAAGUCUACUAUUACGAUUGGUUAUUUAGAAUCCACAGAUCUUCGAAAGAAGACUGUGUCUAAAACCAAUGGUAUUAUAUGA